CUUAAUUUAGUAAUAUUUAGUUUAAGUAGAACAAUCUUAGGAAGAAUCAAUAAAUAAGUAGGAAUAAAGAUCAAAAUAGCAAAUAAAUAAAUAAAAAAUAUUUUAAAACUAGUUGAAAAUGAAAUUAGAUUUAGUAAAAAAAGCAGCAUCUAUAUUUUAUUUUUUAUUUGUCAAAAGCAAUCAAAAAAAGCACACACAGAUAUUCUUUUUUGCAUAAAAUAUUGUCUACUUUUUUUAGCUUAUUAGCAUAUUUGAUAUGAAUGUUAAUAGCUCAAAUGAAGCAGAUACUUAUUUACAGGGAUAUGAUUACUUUUUAUAACUUUUUAGACCCUUUUAUCUCAUUCACAAGCAACAAAUAAUUGACCCUGUUAUAAGCCUGGCUUUUGUUUUCUUGUUUGAAGUUUAUUUUUGCUACUCUAUGUGGAAAAUAUCAAAUUUCAAUCAAAAUAACAUUUUGAAAGAUUUUAUCAAGUAUUCUCAUUACAUAAACAUGACUUUGAUUUGCUGCGAGUGGAAUAAUCAUUUCUUUAUGAUAGCAAAAGUUGAUUUGCUUAUAAACUUAGCUACUUAAUAAUUUAGCAGCUCUUAUAUAUCAUCAAAUUACUUUAUUCUUCUUAUUGCUAUACCAGCCAUCUUGUUAAUAUUUAACAGCUUGACUAUUACUUAUAUUUAUCGUGAAAUUUAAUUUACAGACCAAAACGUAAGUAAACCGUAAGCAGAAGAUUCAUUACUGUUAGUUAUGCUCAUUACUACACUCUAGCAGCUGAUGCAAUAAUAAAAUAUAAAAGCAGGAGUAUACAUUUGCGGAAUUUUCUACUCGUUAUAUUAUAUCUUUAAUAUUCAUAUCAUUAACAUCCCAAAGAAAUAGCUAAAACUGAGUUGCAUUUAAAGAACAUGCGCAUACUCUCUUUUUGUUAUAGAAAUACUGAUUAUUAUGCAAGAAGUCGCUCCAAGCAUAUUUUAGAGAUAGCACUAUCUACAAUAGUCUAUUUUUGUUUGCUUAAUAAUAUACAUUGUAGUAUACUAUACUGAAUCAAGAAGAUUUGAAGUAUUAUUUCACAAAGGAAUUAAUAUUAAGAACAUCAAACAAGAUCAAUUUACUUUAUUUAUUUGCUAAAAGCUGCAGCUGACAUUGAGCUAAAGUGAUAUUAAUUAUUCAUAAUUCUUAGAGAUUAUGGGAUUCCUUACUUCCCAUAAAAGAAUCUGUGAUAAUCUGGCAUGCCCAUGCAGUUAAUUUUAGAAGCAAAAUGAUAACUUAGGUCUUCCAAGUCUCUUCUAGCUCUUUAAGUAGACAUCUCUUUCUUUCAAAAAAAAUGUUUUGGAUUUCAUAGAGUUUUAUCUUGAAACUAAAGUAGAAGAUUCAUAAAAACGCAAAAGGAUUUAGAAUUCAUCUGAGCUAUUUUUCAAAUACAUCGAUUUCCUGAUUUUCUAGAAGAAGAGAUACACUAAGGCUCUGUAUGAAAUUAAAAAAUUUUAGUCAAAAAGAAUUUCGUCAAAUAUUUGCUCAAUCAUUUGUGAAUCCUUAACCUACAUAAUUGAACUAUGUACUAUAGAUGAUCAGCUAAAACUAAAAUUCUCAAAGAAAAAAGACGAUAGAGACAGGUUGAAAGAAGGUAUUAUUUUCCAAAAGAUUAUCCACAGUGAAGAAAUCAUAGAUAUGUACAAAGAAAAGCUUUUUGAUAUUCUUUAAUUUAGAAAUCAGAUUUUCUAAAAUUUGAUUGAAGGGUAUGCCAGUAAUUAGUAGUAUUAAAGAGAUAUAGAAUCAUUUAUUAUAUAGCUAGAAAAAAUUGAAAAUUCUAUUAAGAAGUCUCAUAAUGAAUUUCCAGAAAAUGUUCACUACUUGAAGUUUUUAAUAAUACUAAGGAGCAUUUUGCUAAAUGAUCCCAUCGAAUGCUCUAAAUACGAGAAAAUUCUCUAAGAAAAUAUACUUGUAGAUAAGCAAAAAGAUUAUGAUAAAGUAACUACUUAUUCUAUGAUGGGAGGUGAAUGCAUAAGCAUCAUAGUCACGUAUAGGAAUUAUUAGGCUUUGAUAAAAAAACACUCACAAAGAACUCCUUAGUUUUUUUAAUAUGCUAAAGAGGAGUUUUCUACAAUUAAAUCAAUAAAUAGUUUAAUGCCUGAUUAAAUAGGUGCAGUACAUGAUCAAAUCAUUUAGAUGUUGGCUAAAGGUGCUGAGCCAAGAGUUAUGAAUUCUUAUAGGAUGUAAUUUAUCUAAACUAAAGGUGGAUUUAUUACUCCUAUUAAGCUCUACUACAGUUACUUUUUUAAUCAUAGUGUCCAUGAACUGCUCUUUUCUUGCUUUAUGUUAAAGAUAAGAAAUUCAUAUGAAUAUUUAAUAUUAAAUAAAGGAGGGUGGAUAACAGAUAUUUCUAGUGGAUUUUUUUACUUUCUUUAAGAAACUCUUGGAUAUGAAAAACUAGAGUUAGAAGAUAUUAAGAAUUCUAAUAUCGUUCUUUAUUCUACAAUAUUACUUUAGUAUAUUGCAAACUACGAGCUUGAUGGCAGACAUAGUUAGACUACUACUGUUUAAUCAUAUCGUCUAUGUAUUCCCAAUGAUUUUUGUGGCAUGCUGAAGACAUUCAACAGGUUGAAGUAAUCAGUAUCAAAGAAGGGGAUUAUGUUCAAUAAUCCAGAAGAUGAUAAUUUGCAUAAAAUCAAGGAACAGGUAUUUGAUUAGUAUUACUAAUAAAAUGUAAAAACUAUAGAUGUGCAACUCUCUGUUAGACAAGAAACAAUUAAUUAUGAGUCUAACGAUGACAGCUCUAUUUUAACAUAAAAGAUGUUUAUUUUAGAGUUCUAAGGUUUAAACAUUUCGAGAGACAAUAAAUCAUCAAUUAAUUAGUCUAUUUCUAUGGCUCUUCAAAUGGGAAAAAUGAAAACUAUUAAAGAUAUUGGUAAAAAUAAAGGAAUUACUGUCUUAUCUUAGCUAAUUAAGCAAGCUGUAAUAAAACAAGAUGUAAUAGGGUAAGAUAAAUAAUAAGAAUUAAAUAAUCAAAUAGAAGCUAAUGAUGAAGAGGAUAAAGCAAGAAAGAGAGCUUCCAACAUGAUUUAAACAAUUAAUGAACAAAUUAAGUUAUUUAAAAUGGAAAAUGAUAUUUAAUAAAAUAAGAAGUAAUUUUAAUUAGAACAUAUUUAUUAAUCAAGCACUAUUUAGGAAAGCAGUUUAACAAGUAUUUAAGAUAAUAUGGAGAAUAACUAACAACAAAAGAAAUGGAAUGCUCUCAACUAAAGCUAAUUUAGUUAAUCACUCCACCAUUAACAGGUAAGUGACCAGAAUUUUUAACAUCAAAGCAUGAAAAAGACUAAGAGCAAGGUACAUGCAAAAAAUGAUUCAAAUGAGGAGUAUUCUAAAUAAUCUAGUUUUAACUAGAAAUAAAUAAAAUCAAAAGAAUAAAGUGAUUUGAAUUUGAUACCUGUUUAGCAAUACAUAGAAAAGAAGCAAGAACUUGAAAAUUAGCUGAGAUAGGUGAAUAAUCUUCUAAAUUAAGUUAACGAAGAACUAGUUUAAACUACAUAAACGAUAGAAAAAAAUUAAGAAACUAUCAAAUCUCUUGCAAAAUCUAGCACUUCUAAGUUUUCAAAGCAAUAAACCUCAAAAAUGUUAAUAAGUACCUAGAAUAAUUCCCCUUCAAACAAGAGAAAAGUAAGGACUCAAAAAACAUUAAACGAAAGUGCUGUUCAAUUUUCUGAAGAUAUGAUAUCAAUUGAUAGCCAAAAUUAAAUUGGCAAUAUCAAUCAAAACUCAAUUUAAAAAUCUUCUUACUUUGAAGAUCAAAACAAGGAAUUCUCACAAUAGCUUUCGAAAAAUAAAUUUAAUAGAAGUCAUACUUCUUAAGAAGAAAGCAAAAAACAUGAGAAAAAACAAUAAAAGCAUACAUAUUCUUAAGCAUUAAAACAACUAAAAGAAAAAAAAUUGCAAUAGCAAUUAAUGUAGCAGUAGUAAAAUUAGUAAAAUUUAGUUUAUGCUGAAAAAUCAGAAAAUUCCUUGAUGUUAAACAGCUCAAGGAAUGAAACAACUGAAGCUCACUCUUUUGAGUACAUUUAGGAAGCUGCUCUUAAAAAGCUGGAGGAAGAAACUAAACUUCUUGAGUCUGAGAAUUAAUCUGAAUCUAAUGAUGAUGACGACGAUGAUGAAGAUUAUGAUGAAGAUGAUGAUGAAGAAUUAGUAGAAUCUGAAGACGAAUAAAAUAUUAUGUCUAUGAAAGAUAUCAAUUAGACGUUUAGCAGCUAUACCGAAUAAACAAGAAAUAUUUUCGGUAUGGAAGAUGAUUCUAACGCAUCCAGAUAAAGGACAUUUGGUAGAAACUAAUAAAAUGGAGAAUUCCAUGAAGUUCAGUAGCAAUAAGCUAUCACAACAAAUAUCAAGAUCAUUAACAAGAUAUCGAAUGAUCCAUCUCCGCCAUAGGAAAUAAAAUUAUUUGGAAUUUAUUUCUUUUUCUAAAUAAUUAGCUUUAUCAUAUUUAUUUCAAUAGCAUUAUCUUUACUCUAUCAAAGCAUAUAAGUCUUUUAGUAGUCUAUGACAGUAAUGUGGAUGACUUAAGAAAUAUCAAAGCCUUUGAAUAUCUUCAUAGACUAUAUGAAUUAUAAGCUUCUUUUAACUGCUACAAAAGUACCUGAUUCUUAUAGCAGUUACUUGGAUGUUAUUUCUAAUGAAGGAUAUACUGAUUUAAGAAACCAAUAUGAAUCAUACUUUGAAACUUAAAUAGAGUUCAAUUUUCAAAAUUAAUUUCAAAAGCAAGAAGUAUUUACUGACUUAGAAAAUAUUAAUACACCAAUUCAUGAAGAAUUUUUAAAAAUUUAGACUUCCAUUAACAAUUUUUUAAAAUCUAUUAUGGAUUACUACUAUCUAUAUUUAAAUUAGCCAACUAUUACUGGGGAAGAGUAUCUUGGUACAACUUUGAUGCCAAUAAUAUCUAGCUAGACAAUCUUCUCUGCCUUUACAGAUAAUGUUUAGAGUUUCCUACAACAACAAAGGCUAAAUACUAUUAUUACUAAUUUAAUUCUUUACUUAUGCUUUUAAGUUUUUACAGUAUUCUUAUUUUCUCUCAUAUUUAGAGGAGCUACUAUGAUUAAGAGUAAAAAGGAAAAGCUCCUCAAAUUGAUCUCUCAUAUUACUGAAAAGGAAGGUUAGGUGCAAAUAGCUAAAGGCAAGAUGUGCUAGUAGCAAAUCAAGUCGAAUGAAUAAGAGUAUUUGUAUGAGCCUUUAAUAAUUCAAUAAGAAAUCCUAUCCAAUGAGCAGUAAGAAGCUUCUUAGAUAAAUAAAGGAUCUUCUUCUUACAGAAAAAAAAACAUUUAUCUUAGUGACAGAAUUAAUGACUAAAGUGUAGGAAUCACUUCAUCAUACCUAAUAUUGAUAAUUUUAUUCCUUUUGAGCAGCAUAAUAGGAGCUACAGGAUUAGUGCUAGUGAGCUAGUUACUCUCUGGCUUUGACACUGUUAUCAACAAUAACAGCAAUUUUUUGAAAGGAGUAAACUCUUAUAGUUUUAUGAAUAUAGCAGAAGAUCUACUUGAAGUUGACAGAUUUUACACUAACUACUCUAAUUAUUAAGUUUAUUUAUUUAAUAAAACUGAAAGAGCAAACUUUACUGCUUUCUAUAAUAACGAACUAAAUCUAACCAUAGAAUAUUUUACUAUUGAUUUUUUAAAGUUGAUUGAAGAUUCAAAUAUUCCUAAGCAAUAUUAGAAUCAAAUAGAGUCUAUAGUUUCUUCAAGGGGUACUUGCAACUUGACAAGCAUAUAUACACCUUAAGAAUAGUAACUAUGCAUAAAUACUUAGAGCAGUCUUAUGGAUAAUGGUUUUUAAAACUCUAUCAUUAAUGUUUUAGAAAUUAUUAGAAAUAGAAAGCUUGAAACUGAAAACGACUAUAGUAUCGUCAUGCUUUUUAAUAUUGGGACAUACUAUGAUGAAAACAUAAUAUCAUUUCUUUAAUUUAGAAUGAUAGACUAACUUAUCACAAUUUUUAAAGACUACACAAGCUCUUAGUUGAAUAUGAUAUCUGGAUACCUUUCUAUUUUUUACAUAGUUGCAGGAAUACUUAAUACAAUCUUAUUUAUACUUAUAUUUGUACUUUUUAAAAUAUAUUUUCUCUCACCUUUCAUUUAUUUAAGACGUGGUCUGCUUCUACUGCCAAUCGAAAGAGCAGCUGAAGAUGUAAAUAUCCUUAGCAUGAUCAAAUCUUCUUUAAAAAUUAAGUUUUGAUAUAAUAAUUAUUAUAAAUUAUCAAUAGAUACUAUUUUUAAAUAUUAUAUAUUUAUUUUUCUAUGCAUCUCUAUUUUUCUGUAAUAUAUUCAUAAGUAUAUAUCUAACAAAUAAACUCUUUAUUU